AUGCCGGAACAUGAGGGCCCCAUCAAAUACCAGCCAAAUGUCGCGGUUAAUAUUGUCUUCGGCCUGGUGUAUGCGGUCUUAGGCUUCAUUUUCUCAUGGCGUAUCUACCGUCACACGAACAAGUGGGCCAUCUGUCUGCCCGUCGCUGCUUUUGCAUCCUCAAUUGGCUUCUUCUGCAGAACUGCUAUCGAUCCCAAGGACCUUAAGGUGCCGCUCUUUGUCGUUCAGAACAUCCUCAUCAUCGCCACCCCCUCAGCAUUUCUCGCAUUCAACUACAUGCUCUACGGCCGGCUAAUUACCGCGAUUGAUCCAAAGUUCGGCGCCAACGACUCUCAGUCGAGAAUGGAGAAAUCCCGCUACUCUCUCAUUCCGCCUCGAAUCGUCGGGCGUGCCUUCAUCUGGUCGGACAUCACUACAUUCCUUAUUCAAGUCACUGCAGGAAGUAUGCUAGGCAACGCAGGAGAUAACCAGUCUCUCUCCAACAUCGGCGACAAACUGUUCCUCGCUGGCGUCUGUGGCCAGGGUGCUUCAUACUGUCUCUUCACCGUUUUGCUCUCGAUCACCUUUGUGCGCGUGGUCGUUGAGAGACGGAAGACUAGGAUUGAUUUGCCUGUGAAGGGCUGGAUGGAGUUCGACCGAAGUACAGUCACGAUCUUCGGUGGUCUCUACUUUUCGUCGUUGUUCAUCAUUAAAUAG